AUGCGUGAGGCUGCAGAGCGGAGGCAGCAGCUAGAGUUGGAGCAUGAACAAGCCUUGGCUGUACUCAAUGCAAAGCAGCAGGAGAUUGACCUUCUGCAGCAGGCUCAGGUUGAGGCUAAGAAGGAGCAUGAGGGAGCCGUCCAUCUGUUAGAGGCCAAAGUCCGAGAGCUGGAGGAGAAAUGUCGGACACAAAGUGAGCAGUUCAACCUCCUGUCCAAAGAGCUGGAGAAGUUCCGGCUACAGACUGGAAAGUUUGAUACCCUUGGCAGUGGCACCGAUCCCUUAACUGUGUGUGAAUCCCCUGGAUCGCCAAACAAAUCCCUCUCCCAGCUCUUCAACGGGCUGGCCGCCCCCACAGGGAAAGGCAAUGAGAGUCCGCUGAGCAGAUCUGUGAUCUCUGAGUUCAUCCGACCGCUCCAGAUCUGUGGGGACAAGCCGGAGCUCGUGUCUGUAAAGCCAACAUUCCUCACCCGCAGCAGCAGCCGGGCCGACAGCUCUCAACGGACCCUCCUCACUGAGAUGGACAAAGAACUAAGCUCAACAACUAGGACCAAGAAGAGGUUCACAGGCAAGGUCCGUCUGUGCAUCGCCCGGUACAGUUAUAACCCCUGUAAUGGGCCCAAUGAGCAUCCUGAGGCAGAGCUCCCCCUGGUGGCAGGGAAGUACCUCUACGUGUAUGGGACCAUGGAUGAUGACGGCUUCUAUGAAGGAGAGCUGCUGGAUGGACAGCAGGGACUUGUCCCUUCCAACUUUGUGGACUUUGUUAAGGAUGAGAAGAUGCCCUCUGCUCAGCACAGGGACGGGGCCAAAGAGUCAGGCUACCUCAGUAGUAACCACAGCAGCCUGGGCUCCACAGGGCUGGGCAGCAUGGGCCUGAGCAGCAUCAGCAGCCUGCUUCUGGGCAUGGACUUCCUGGGCUCCAUGGGUUCCUGCAGCAACGGGACAGGGACCCUGGAUGUCAGCAUUGACGAGAUUGGUGAAAAUAUUGUGCCUUACCCUCGCCGUAUCAAUCUGAUCAAACAGCUGGCCAAGAGUGUGAUCGUGUGCUGGGACCCUCCGGUGGUGCCGCCCGGCUGGGGCUCCAUCAGUGGCUACAACGUCCUGGUGGACAAGGAGGUGAGGAUGAGCGUGCCCUUUGGGGGCAAGACAAAGUCGCUUAUCGAGAAACUUAACCUGGCCACCAAUACCUACCGCAUCUCGGUGCAGAGCAUCACAGAACGGGGCCCGUCUGACGAGCUGCGCUGCACUCUACUGGUGGGGAAGGAUGUGGUGGUGGCUCCUUACUAUCUGAGGGUAGACAACAUCACACAGGUCUCUGCUGAGCUCUCCUGGCAGCCUAGCAACAGCAACUACAGCCACACCAUCUUCCUGAACGAUGUUGAGUAUGACAUGGUGAAGGCAGGGGCCUACAAGUACCAGUUCUUCCAACUGAAGCCCAUGACCGUUUACAAGGUGAAGGCCGUGGCGCGGACACACCAGAUACCUUGGCAGAUGCCCAUGGAGCACAGGGACAAGAGGGAGAUCUCUGUGGAGUUCUGCACCCAGCCUGCAGGUCCUCCCUUUCCUCCCCAGGAGGUGCAGGUCCAGUUGGGCCAGAACCCCGGGGUUCUGCAGGUGCGAUGGAAACCCCCCAUCCUCACCCCCACUGGAACCUCCAACGGAGCCAACGUGAUUGGCUAUGCCGUGUGCACAAAGGGACAAAAGAUAGCGGAGGUGAUGUACCCAACAGCUGACUAUGUGACAGUGGAGCUGAAUAGGAUCCAGUGUCUGGAGGCCAGGGAGAUCAUUGUCAGGACGUUAUCAGCACAAGGAGAGUCUCAGGAUUCCACCGUGGCCACCAUACCGCACAAUAUCCUGAGGCCUCCCCUCCCUCACCCCCAGCCCCAACACCAGCCCUACCCCGUGUCUAAGCCCAAUUUAGUAAGUGCCAGAGAGUCAGAAACCAAAGAGUAUGAGGCAGGCCUGCGGCCUGGCCCGCCCUGGGAACGCUCCCCUUCGCCCCUCCCUCCUACCAUGCGUGGACACACUUUGGAGCCGCCCCACUUCCAGGGGCGUCGUUCACCCUCUCCUCAGAGGAUCCUGCCCCAGCCUCAGGGAGCCCCCAUCCCCAACACCAUCGCCAAGGCCAUGGCCAGGGAAGCUGCACAGAGAGUGUUCGCUGAGAACAACCGGAUGGAGAAGAGGAACAUCUUCAGUGAGCGGAGCGUGAACUCUGAUGAGGAGGAGGAUGGUUAUGUCUCUCCCCACACCAGGAGGAGAGGGGCCUCUGUGGACGAAUUCCUCAGAGGCUCUGAACUGGGAAGACAUCACCACUACAGCCACAGUGAGGAGUACCAGACAGAGAGCAGCCGCGGCUCAGACCUGUCUGACAUCAUGGAGGAGGACGAGGAGGACCUGUACUCUGAGAUGCAGCUGGAGGAGGGCCGUCGGCGCAGCAUCAACUCUCACAACACUCUCAAGAUUAUAGGGAACUCCCCUUCCCAUGGAUGCUCCCAUGGCGACCGGCUGGACCAUUCAGGGAGGAGGCCUGUCCAUGGCGGCAACCCCCCACAGCGACGACCCAUGAUGGUUCCUUCCAUUGAUGAGUACGGUGGGCAAGACCGCGGGCAUGGCCGAGGGCGACGGUCGCCAGUGUACUAUGAGGAGUCGGCGCCAGAGGACCUGGCGCGUAUAUUUGUGGCCCUGUUUGACUACGACCCCCUGUCCAUGUCCCCCAACCCUGAUGCUGCUGACGAGGAGCUGCCCUUCAAAGAGGGCCAGAUCAUCAAGGUGUUUGGGGAUAAGGACACGGAUGGGUUCUACAGGGCAGAGAUCCGUGACCGCCCGGGUCUGAUCCCCUGUAACAUGGUGUCAGAGAUCCAGACUGAGGAUGAUGGGAUGAUGGACCAGCUACUCAAACAGGGCUUCCUCCCACUCAACACUCCUGUAGAGAAAUUAGAGAGGAACAGGCGGAGUGGGCGUCAGCACCCCUCGUCCACACGUAGAAUGGUGGCACUGUAUGACUACGACCCCAGGGAGAGCUCCCCCAACGUGGAUGUGGAGGCUGAACUGACAUUCUGUGCUGGUGACGUCAUAACCGUAUUUGGUGAAAUUGAUGAAGAUGGGUUUCAUUAUGGCGAGCUCAAUGGACACAAAGGUCUUGUUCCCUCCAACUUUCUAGAAGAAGUGCCUGAUGAUGUUGAGGUUUUUCUCACUGACACUCAGUCUCGAGAUUCUCGAUACCCGCAGGAUGCUGCAGCACGGAUAAAGACCAAAAGGGUUCCAUUGGAAAAAUCGGGUCUGCCCAGAAGAGCCGCCUCCCCCACAGUGCGCCAACACAUCCCUGGCUCUGGCCCUGCUACAGUGGGGCCUGGCAGUCCCAUCAGGGGCCCCUGCGACUUGUCCUCCAAAAAGAAAAAGGGACUGCUCUCCAAAGGGAAGAAACUAUUGAAAAGACUUGGCGCUGUAAAAUAACCCCUUCAAAUACUUGAAGUAUAUUACCAACAACAUAAUUCAUCUCCAACACUUCCAUUACUGUAAAUUCAGUCCUGUGAGAAGAAAAAGUGGUCAAAAUGUACAAAUCUGUUGUAUUCUAGAAACCUUAUUUAAAUUGCAGUAUGUAUUUUGAAUAUGGUUCAGGGACCUCAUAGUUUGAAAUUUAGUGUCAUAAGCCAACCUCUGGUCAUUUAUGUUUUGCUAUCUGAAGCAGAAGACUGCAACACGAUGGAUGAUUUGAAAUAGGUAUGUAGGUCUGUUUGAUGACGCUGUAGACCACAAUGUUCCUCAGAGUAAGAGGGGUUUAUACCAUUCUCUCUUUAGGGCUGAGAUCAAAGGAUAGGGCUCAGAAUGGCCAGUCAACAUCAUACUUGAUAAUACUGCUGGUGGCUCACCUUAACCAAACCUUCACAUUGUAGUACCCAUAUUGAUGCAAGGAAAAUAGCAGUUUUAGGGUCAGGCAGCUGAGGUCAUUUGAACUGUAUAGGAGGUUUGCAUGUUUUACCUAAACCAUAUCCAGAAUAAUAAUUCCCACCCAACCUUUGAAAGCACAUGCUAACUGAUGGCCUUUUCUAUCAGAACUCAAGGCUCAAUUUGCAUGCUUUGUCAGUGCAUUUUUAUGAUACCGUGUAUGAGCAAUAUUUGCUAAAUGAAUAGUAAAAAAAAAGAUUAACUUAAAACAGAAUAUUCAAUACAAACCUAAUUGUCACAUUCGUACUCAGUUCAAUUCGAGCCCAGGUACACAUUUGACUAGUCACCACCUUAGCACCUGAAGUCACAAUAUGUGCAGUGGUAAAAUAUGCAAAAUCUCCAGAAAGACUCGAGUCAGAUUGGUCUGGAGAGAAUUUGAUAAGCAAGUAUCAAUUCUUAACAGCAAGUGUCAGUUCUUCAGGCACACUGAAAUAACUCUGGACAAGGACAUUAGAUAGGACAGGGUUUCAAGAUUCAGUAUAUUUUUGUUGUUGAAUUGUCAUGAAAUGCCUAGUUGAAACCAACCUCCAUGUAUUUGCCUUAUAAAUGCACAAUGGUUUGUAUUUUGUCCAGUGAGUGGAGCGUUAUGUCCUGUAUGCAUUCAAGUCAUUGCAUUACUUCUGAAAAUGUAUUUGUAAAUGAUGUUGAUCAAGACUAGUGAUGUGCAGUUUAUUACUUGUAAGAAUGUUUUUUGGAGGACCUACGCAUUAAAAUGACAUUCAAACGAAAUUCAAUACAAAAAAGUAAGGGGGGAAUGUAAAUGUGUAUUUACGUUUUAAUGUUUCACACUAUUUUGGCACAAAAAGACUAAUGAAAAAAAUAAGGCACUUUAUUUUGUUCUUCAUGUUAUACAUGCAAUGUAUUUACUGCAUUCACAAUCCCAUUUUGACACGUUUGUGUAUAAGACAAUGGAUGUGAAAGAAAUACAAUUGAAGGCCAGUUUAAUUAAUUGUUUCCAGGAUAAGUUGCCAUCAGCAGUUGGUAUUAUUUUUUGUUUCAAACUAAGUUUUGUAGAGUACACUCCAAACUUGCAAUUCUUGGAAGCAGGAAAAUGUUUGACUUAUGACGGAGACUAGGUUUGAUUGAAUAAACAUCAGAUAAAAGCCCUAUAUCAAGUUCUUACAUAGAAAUUGUGAUUUCAACAAGACAAGUCUACCUCCAUAAUGACCCCUAUAAAUUCAACUAAUUUGACUACAGGUUCACAGAAGUCAACUCUCCAUUUCAUAUAUUUGCAAAGGGUAGAAGUACUGUAUUUGUGUCAGCACCCAACUAGCACAGAGUAGUGAAUGUAUGAUUAAUUGAAAGCCAAUAUAUUUUAUUUAUCAAAACUAUCCAUUAGGAGUAUGCAGAUGUCCAGCGUUCUAGUUUGUAUGUGAAAUGAAACCUUCCAUCUGUUAACUCCUUACAAUAUUUUGUUAAUCAUUUCAUCCUUCCAUUCACUUUAUAUCACAGCUUUUUCUGGACUACACUACUUUCAUGAGAUUUGAACUGAGACUGCCAAAAAAGAAUGUACGAAAAGCAUUCAGUACAACUUUCUGUACAAUUGUCGGUCAUUGCUUCUAUAUAUAUUGUUUUGAC